GCCAGAGAAAGGUGAGGUUAAUGGCGCCGUGUCUGGCUGCGGAGAGGGCCCGGCGGUACGUUUACCCGCUGUUAGUGUGCCGGGGGCCGAUGAAGGUGUAACGCAGUAAUCCUGUUGGAUUGUUGUACGUGUCCGUCUCUGGGAUUCCCGCCCGCCUUGACGAUGUGGGCUAAUGCCUUGGCCUUGUACUGCUUGGGCCUUGCCGCUGUCUGUCUGCCUGCCGCCUCUUGCUCCCAGGGGGACCGGGAGCCCUACUACCGCCACUGCGUCCAGAUGUGUGGGCGACACAACUGUACUGGAGCCCGGCUGCGGAUUUUCCACAAACUGCAGCCCCUCUACAUGAUGGCAGCAGGUUGGAGUUGUGCUGAUGACUGUCAAUACAACUGUAUGUGGCUGACAGUGGGACUGUACGUUCAGGAAGGACACAAAGUGCCUCAAUUUUAUGGCAAGUGGCCCUUCUACCGAUUUCUGUUCUUCCAAGAACCUGCCUCAGCCUUUGCCUCUAUGCUGAAUGGACUGGCCAACUACAUGAUGUUGGGCAGGUACCGGGCUGCAGUGCCUCUCGAAUCUCCGAUGUACCAUACAUGCAUCUCCUUCGCCAUGAUCACCCUCAAUGCCUGGGUUUGGUCCACCGUAUUCCACACACGUGACACUCCACUAACUGAGAAAAUGGAUUACUUUUGUGCUUCAUCAGUGGUGCUGUACUCCAUCUACCUGUGCUGUGUCCGGACCAUGGGCUUGACUCACCCUUGGACAGCGAGUAUUUUUGGGGUCCUGCUCAUUGGAUUGUUCACAUGUCACAUCUGGUACCUCACCUUUGUGCAUUUUGAUUAUGGGUACAACAUGGCUGCCAAUGUCUUGAUAGGAAUGAUUAAUCUCCUGUGGUGGCUCAGUUGGUGCUUCUGGAACAGAUAUCACCUCCCCCAUGUGUGGAAGUGUAUAGUGGUGGUUGUGAUGUUACAUGGACUGGCUUUGCUGGAGCUCCUGGACUUCCCUCCCUUGCUGUGGGUGUUCGAUGCUCAUGCAGCCUGGCACUUCAGCACCAUCCCUGUGCCAUUCCUCUUUUACAGCUUUCUGAUUGACGACAGUCGGCACCUCCUCGAUGUGAAAACUGAAUAAGUAUUUGCCUAUGAGCUGCUGCAUCUGAUUGUGAAUGUGUGAGAACGUGUCUUACUGAAAUGACCAUGUCAACAUUUAUCUGUGUGGACUUUGCACUGUUCACAUUGGGAUUUUCUGCGAAAUAUGUUGGUUUAUCACUGCCACAGAAACCUGACCUGUUAAUACAAGAAUCUAAGAUUUAUUCGAGGCUCAGAACUCUGAAACAAAGGUUACGUCUCACUGAGACAUGCUGGAAAACAAAGCCUGCUGUUCCUGGAGUUUUCACAAAAGUGAAGGUUUUAUCAAAAUAUGCACUUUUCCAUUUUACCUACCUUUUUAGACCCUGGUUAACAGAAAACCCAGCCCAGAUUUAUUAUUUAUUAUUUAUUACAAAUAGAUUCCAGUUACAGAUAAAUAAAUAUGAACUGUGGACGUAUACAUCUACUAAUUAAAACUCUCGCCCCCUUAUAAAAUUCAGCUGGCACGCACACAGCCGAACAAAAAGAAUUGGUGCUGAGAGUGGAAGGAAAACUGAGAAGGCAUUUCAGUGGUGUCCAUCCACAUGUUUCGCUGCGAUGAUACUUUUGCUUGUCAGGAUUUGCUGUUUCUCAGUCUCUUAAGGAAUUUAUUACCUCGUGUAGAAGGUACAGAAUACCUAGUUCACAAAUUGCCAAGUCCUUUAGCUAUUGGUUAGAAGCCACAGUUUACAGCAACUGAGGGAAAACAAACUGGCUUUCUUCAGGCUUUGAUUCUUCUUCUUAUUGAGAAAGACACCAGUGCCCUUCCAGAGGUCUGAAGCCCUAUGGCCAUAAUGUUGACACCCACAAGACUCCUGGGAGACAAUGACAUUGUUGGCAGGCAUGGCCUUUGGUCUGUGAAAACACUAAACUCUCUGCACCACCUGAAUAAGCAGCAGUGUUCAUUCCACUUGGAUUAAUUGUCAGCACCUUUGCUUUUAGAAAGUGCAGCAAUCCCUUCCUUCAUUGUUGGUUUUUAAAACAAUUCUUUUCUCAUUUCAGUCCACAAUUGAAAAUGCAGAAAUUUUUAAAAAGGAAACUUUCUUCUACAAGUGGAAGAAUUUGGGGAAAGGGGAAGCAUGUAGGACUGGCUAUGCUUCUGUUCUAGAGAGUUGGCAUAGAGACAUUGGGCCAGAUAGCAUUGGGUCAGGGGUUGGCUGCUGCAUGUUCAUUUUUGAUUGGAACCGUUGGGGAGGUGGUGUUAUUGGACAUAUUGGUUAUACUAUCUGCACUUGCUGAAACUAAGGAAGAUUGUGUUUCUCUUCUCAGCUCUGCCACCAAGUGGCAGAAAACACUGGAGCAGCCUGACCUUUUAUUUUCAUUUUCGCCCAUGACUGUUUCUGAGGAUGAAAUGGAGUCUGUGGAGGGUGGGGGAAAGGUUAGGAAGGGGCGGCAGUGAGGUCAUGGGAGGAAAGAAGGACUGGAGGAGGGAGUGGGUGAUUCAUUCAUUCUUGACUCAGAUUCAAUCAGCCUAGAAAAUACCCCUCACACUACAGUCAUCCAGUGAAUUUGCUGUUUUGACGUCAUUGUAAUCCUGUGUGCACACCUGUAGCAGCAAGAUUGCUACUCACUGCUCCUAUCCCUCACUCCACCUGUCUUUGGUGCUGUUUUGGUGUUGUUGCGAUGUGGAGGUGCUGGUGUCAGACUGGGCUGGACUCAGUCAUAAAUUAUACGACACCAGGUUAUAGCCCAACAAGUUUAUUUAAAAAUGCUUGCUUUCGAAGCUCUGCUCACAUUAACCUGAGGAAGGAGUAGAGCUUUGAAAGCUAGUGUUUUAGAUAAAUGUGUUGGAAUAUAACCUGGUGCUGUUUGAUUUUUGAGCUUGAUGUUGGUGGGAAGUGAUGGCUGAAGUGGCUGCACUUAGGGCAGCACGGUGGCUCAGUGGCUAGCACUGCUGCCUCACAGCACCAGGGACCCGGGUUCGAUUCCAGCCUCGGGCAACCAUCUGUGUUGAGUUUGCACAUUCUCCCCGUGUCUGCGUGGGUUUCCUCCAGGUGCUCUGGUUUCCUCCCCCGCUCCAAAGAUGUGCAGGGUAGGUGGAUUGGCCGUGCUAUAUCGCCCAUUGUGUUCAGGGAGCUGUAGAUUAGGUGGAUUCUAGGGGAAUGGGUUUAGGUGUCAUGCUGUGAGGUAUGGUGUGAAUGUGUUGGGCCAAAGGGCCUGUUUCCACAUUGUAGGGAUUCUGUACGAAACUGGCUAAAAUUAUUUAUUAACAAGCUUUCUCCUGUUUAAUGGAUUUGCCAGGCACCCUGAAAUCAUUGAAUUGAGUGGUUAAAUGCAUCCACUGAAUGUUAGAAAUAAUUUUGAAUAAAGAAAUACAUUUUUUAAAUAUAUCGGUCAGUAUGUCCUAACAUAACAGCUUAAAGGAGCAUUAUUGUGUGAAAACUGUUUUUAGAUAGUCAUUCCUUGUCAUGGAAACUUGGGAUGAGCAGUAAAUACUGGUCUUGCUGUGCAUUUUCUGGUGUUCCUCUCACUCCUGUGUUGUAUUCCCUGGUGUUUAUCAUAGUCUUGUUCAGUAUUUCCUAGUAUUUAAUGCAAUCCUGUGUUUCUUAAUGUUUUACACAGUCCUUUCUUUCACAUUGUAAACAGAAGAGUUAUUUUUCUUGAAGAGAUUAUUUAUGAUCUGACCCUUGACUCUUAAGCACAAAUCCUCUGAACAGAAUAAUAGUUUGGUUUUGUGUUUAUUAGUGAUUUAUUUUGUGACAAAACAUCUCCAAUGUCUUUUAAAUAAAA